CUGAGAAUCCAUAUUUUAAAUGUAAUAAAAAAAGUCUACAAUAUCCAAACAAACAACCUCCUUUACUUUCUUUACCUUGCAGUUAGCACCCCAGUGCCAUUUCCAAGAAUGAUGCUUCUCAUGAUCCCAAUAACUCUCCUCACCAUCUUGUCUGAAUCCUCUGUCUCAUCCUCAAACACAAACACUUCUUCAUGUCCCCUGAAUCUUGAUUAUGUUCUCACUGUUCCAUGGGACUCAUCAUCUUGCAAAAACUAUCAUUCAAAUGCUAAAAGCAACAACAAUACAUGUUGCCAGACUCUGAGAAGCCUUUAUGGUGUAGCCUUUGCUCAGCAUCUCAGGGAAACUUCUCUUUUUCGACUGCCCGAUUUAUCGACAUCCAUUUCUUGCCUUGCAGUGCUACAGAAGAAUUUGAACUCACUUGCUCUGCCAGAAAAUUUGACUACUAGUAUAUGCAACAAUUUUGAGCCAGAGAGGUUUGUUAAUACUACUAAUAUUUGUGCUGGUAUUCAGACUAGGCAGGACUGGCUUGAUCUUGUGGGCCCGUCGACUGCGCUUGUCAGGGCUUGUGAUCAGGACUUUGAGCAUGAUCCUACCUUGUGUGAUGCUUGUUUACGCGCUGGCUUCAGGGUUCAAGCUGAAUUGUUUGCUGUUGAUAGGAAUGAGUCUCAUACAGUAGGGUGUUUUUACUACACAGUUCUUUAUGCUGCAGCUAUGGCUCCUAAGUUUGGACCGGAGACUAAGAGUGCUCUUGUGUGUCCCUUUGGAUUGCCAAUGAUCUCAGAAGAACGUUCAUCGAGGGCUCCAAAAUUGGCCUUGAUUUUUGGACUAACUGGAGCUGGUUUGGCACUUGUUGUAGUGUUGUGCUUGUGUAAAUUGAGCUGGUGGUGGACUAAUAUGAGGAAAAAACGUCGUAAGCCAAGGCGUGUUCUGGGGUAUGAAUUUGACGUUGAGGGUGAAUCCAGAUCAAGAACUUCCACCAGACCAAAGGUUGGAUCAAAAUGGUUUACUAUUCAAGAACUGGAGGAGGCGACAGGGAAUUUUUCGCCUCAUAAUUUCCUUGGAAGAGGGCAGUUUGGUGUUGUAUAUAAAGGGAUUCUUGAUGAUGGAACUAUGGUUGCUGUAAAAAGACUGAUGGAAUCGGAUUUUCAAGGCGAUGCAGAUUUCUGCAAUGAAGUCGAGAUCAUUAGCACUUUGAAGCACAGGAAUCUUGUGCAUCUCAGAGGGUGUUGUGUGGAAAGUAUUAAACACCAUCAUGAUUAUGAAGAAGAGGAUAAUGCAAGGUACCUUGUCUAUGAUUACAUGCCAAAUGGGAAUUUAAGUGAUCAUUUAUUUUUCCAAUCAGAAGCUGGGAUAAUUUCAAAACCACUGAGUUGGCCUAGGAGGAAGAACAUAAUAUUAGAUGUUGCAAAAGCCAUAGCUUAUCUUCAUUAUGGAAUCAAGCCAGCUAUAUACCACAGGGACAUCAAGGCCACAAAUAUACUGUUAGAUAUAGAUAUGAGAGCAAGAGUGGCAGAUUUUGGACUGGCAAAGCAAAGCAGUGAAGGGCAAUCUCAUCUCACAACCAGAGUAGCUGGCACUCAUGGCUACUUAGCCCCGGAAUAUGCUCUUUACGGACAAUUAACAGAGAAAAGCGAUGUUUAUAGCUUCGGGGUGGUUGUGCUAGAGAUAAUGUGUGGAAGAAAGGCUCUUGAUUUAUCAUCAACAGGCUCAUCUCGGAAUCUUCUGCUGACAGACUGGGCAUGGUCACUGGUGAAAGAAGGGAGAAUGGAGGAGGUUUUCGAUGCUACAUUGCUCGAAAACCAGAAGGCAGAAGGGGAGGGAGAUGAUAAUCCAAGGUGGAUGAUGGAAAGAUUUGUGAUGGUUGGGAUACUAUGUGCUCAUGUCAUGGUGGCCUUGAGGCCUACAAUUUUGGAUGCACUGAAAAUGCUUGAAGGAGAUGUUGAAAUACCAGCAAUUCCUGAUAGACCAUAUUAUGCUGUUGAGUACACUAAAAUUAGCACCCUGCCUGGUUCCACAAGUAUCAGGUAGCCAAAUCUAAAAUCUUCUCCUGUAUAGGUAUAUUAGUUAGAAUUGUUAAUACAGUAGCAUUUUUAUUCUUUAUACUGAAUUAUAUAUCAGAGAAUAGAUCCUUGGCAAUUGCUAUAGAAUAUUUUCCUGAAGCUUUUAUUUUUC